GUUACUUCGCACUGCAACUCUCAAUUUCAUAAGUUAUGCUUCCGCUCUUCAAUCCCAACCAAAGUCAAACUAAUGGAGCCAUUACUUCAGCUCCCCAACGGGUUAUGCAAUCUAGCAAUUUUCAUGGUAACCCAAGUAAUUUAUUGCCAAACUCUGCCCAAAUUCAGCCUCAAAUGGGCAUGAUCAAUUCUCAAGUUGCAAUUCCUUUCAAUAGUUCAAAUACCCAUUUGAGCAAUGGGAACUUAGCAAUGCCCAAUUGGCCAGUUCAAAUACCUGCGCCUUGUUUCAUGAAUGCACCUAACCAGAUUUUCCCCUUGCAAAAUGGUAUGCAUCUUUUGGCUCCACAGAGUUUGAGUACGGUCGGCUUGAAUUCUUCUCAAUUACCUGGUCAGUUAUUUGCACAGAAUUCUGGGAACCCACCUCAAUUCUUCAACCAGAAUGUCAGUUUGCCAAAUGGGCAGUUCUUUUUGCAGAGUCCCAUGCAAAAUAUGAAGCAAUUUGCUCAAAUGCCAAUGCCAAAUCAUUCUCAAGUUGUUUCUGGCACUCACCCUCUGUGCCUGAAUAAUCGAGGUUUUCAGGGUAUUGGCCCUCAAAAUUCCAUCUUCGUUGCUAACCCACAAUUCGGCCUGGUUCAUUCUAAUGGAAUUGUGCAACCCAAUUUUCAAGAUCACCAUAGUUCAAUGUCACCAACAGUGAAUGCGAAUGCACCAAACCAGUUGCAUAAUAGUACUCCUCAACUGCAAGGGAGCUCACCUUCACAGCUUGCUUCUGGUUCUCUUCAAGGACAACAAGACCAGAACAACUUUCGUCCUGUUUCAUCACAGUCACAGGGGAAUCCCAGAAAAGAUAUUGGGUUGAACAAAUUCAGUAGUAACUGGAAAAAUUCUCAGAAGAGAAACUUUACAAGGAAUCCAAAAGGCAAUGCAUCGCAUAGUGGAUAUAUGAAGUCCCAUUUUGGUUCUAAGCAAGACGCAAAAGGAAAGUUCAAUCAUAAUGGACAUGGGGUAAAAGGUCGGGUGUUUGGUACUUAGAUACUGUUUUGAAAGUUUCUGAACUUUUCUGUUUGGGUCAUUUGUAACAAG